CGAGCGAGUGUGGCAGUCCCAAGCUGCGAGCGAGAGCCAGAGAUUGGGGGGGGGGGGAAACGGCUGAUAGAUAGAUAAGUAGAGAGAGGGAGCAGGUCAGCCCUCCAUUGCUAAACUUUGAGAGGGAGGGAGAGAGAAAUCUAGCCCGCCUCGGGCUGAAGUAGCCGAGGGCCAGGCCGCUUCUUUGUGCGGUUUUCUCAAACCAAUAGCCCACUUUUUUAAGACUAUGGGUGACCGAGAGCGCAGAGAGCGCGAUUCGCUCACACUGACGGGUUUGACCGGGUUCGUGGUCUCUUCUUGACAUGGGCGGGGAGUGACAUUGAACGUUGGUUUGCAAUAUAUAUAUUAUAUAUAUGCUAAACAUAAACAGCUUAGGAAAGGAGGAAAGAGAGAAAACCAAAACAAAAAAAAGGAAGCAGCAGAAACUCAACAUCUGAGUGAGAGGAUCUGAAGGAACAAAAAUGAUAAAUGAUUUAAUUUUUUUUGCUUUGUUUUUCAGUGCAGGGAAAUGUCAAGAAACGGGGUAAAAGUUUGCCACCAUGGUGUUGAUUGAACUCGUCUCUUUGAUAAAGUUAGAAAUGCCUUUUUCUCGGAUUUUUGUUUGUUUCUGCCCAGGUGCCAAUGAGCAGCGCCAUGUAGUUGAUGUGCCAGCGCAAUCCUCCUCUUUCCCUUUUACUAUCUGUCCUUAAAACAACAAAGUCCAAUAUGUUUGAAGACAGCCAUGUCGGAGGCUGUAGGUAGAGUUUUCAGGCUGAUUUUUGUGUAAGAAGGCAAAAUCCUGGCUUGUAUGUAAACAUGGGAUCUGGCUGCAUCACUUGUGUGUCAUCUUUGGGCACACAGUUAGAUUUACAGUUAGGUGUUUAAUUUGUUGGUUAGAUUCAUUGGCAUCCAUCAUUGUAAACUAGUUUUAGUUCAACGGGUUAAAAUCUAGCAUAAUUUGGAUUGCUUUGGUUUGUAGGUUUUGUUAAUGUGAAUUAAAAACAAAGUCUAAUUCCCUGCACUCCCAUGAAACCAUGUAUAUAUAGGGACUGUUAUCAUGAUUGGACUCUGGCCUGCAUUUAUCCUAAGUUUUUGCACAACACAGUUUUAGACUUUCUGGUCUAGUAGUUGUGGUAGAAUUUUUUUUCAGUUAGCACUACCAGACUUGUUUGUUCUGUUGCGCUGUUUUCUUUUGUGAGAAAUUGCCCUUGUUGGUUUUGUCAAUUUCUGAUAAGCUAGAAACGGGGUUGCCACUUAUCCAAACAAAAUGGGUGACCCAAACUCUCGGAAGAACCAGACUUUGAAUCGACUGCGUGCUCAACUUAGAAAGAAGAAGGAAUCUCUGGCAGAUCAGUUUGACUUCAAGAUGUACAUUGCCUUUGUAUUCAAAGAUAAGAAGAAAAAGCCGGCACUAUUUGAAGUAGCUGAAGUGGUACCAGUUAUGACCAAUAACUAUGAAGAAAAUAUCCUCAAAGGCGUACGGGAGUCCAGCUACUCCCUGGACAGUUCCAUAGAGCUGCUGCAGAAGGAUGUAGUGCAGCUUCAUGCACCUCGCUACCAGUCCAUGCGCAGGGACGUAAUUGGCUGUACACAGGAGAUGGACUUUAUCCUUUGGCCACGGAAUGAUAUAGAGAAGAUGGUCUGUCUCCUGUUCUCCAAGUGGAAGGGUACAGAUGGUGAGCCUUUCAGGCCUGUUCAGGCCAAGUUUGAGUUUCAUCAUGGUGAUUAUGAGAAACAGUUUCUGCACUUUAGCCAGAAGGAUAAGACAGGACUCAUCAUAAACAACCCAAACCAGUCCAUCUUUAUGUUCAUUGAUCGUCAGCACUUGCAGACUCCAAAAACUAAGGCCAUAAUUUUCAAGUUGUGCAGUGUCUGUCUUUACCUGCCACAGGAUCAGCUUACCCAUUGGGGAGUUGGAACCAUUGAGGACCACCUCCGUCCCUACAUGCCAGAUUAGGGGCAACAGCCAGCAAAAUAGGGAAGAUCAUAAGAGCCAACAACAGUGAACUCACAUUUCAUCUUUAUUUCUGACUUUAAGAUGAUCCACUCAUGAAAAGAACAGUCUGUUACAAAGCAUACUCAUCUUGAAAUUUAGUUUUUUUUCCAGUCAUGCAUAUCUCAGAACUUUUUUUCUUUCAUGUAUUAUCUGCACACUCACUGUAAUAGGCUGCUUUGCAGUUAAUAUGCAUUGUCAACUCCACAUGGAAAACAAAAAGGUGAAAUUUGAAGAGAUUGUUAUACAUUGACGCAUACAUACAAGAAAUGUACAUAUUAGUCUUCUCGUUUGUGCUGGUUAUGUGCCCUAACAAUUACUAUAGAUGUUAUAAGAUGUAAUGUUAGGGUGGGAAGUGCAUUUGACAAGGAUUUCAGCAACUAAAGGUUACAACUUAGAUGUGUUGUACAGAUGAAGGGCUUUAAAGCUGAAUAGCACUAUCAUUACGGUCCUGAUAGAUACAUUUAUAUUGGGCACAUACUGGUCAUAAUUUAAUAAUGACAAGCAACUGAAAGUGGGGAAAGAAAUCUUAAAGUACUCUUUUAAAGAUCUCUUGUGUAAUGUAGGCCCUCGUGUGGGCUACAUUUGAGUUUGCUAACAUGUUCUUUUUGGAUCUCUUUCCCUGAGUUGCUAUAUAAACGUACAAAGGAGUUUUCCUUCUAUUCUUUGGGGAGAUUUUAGCGGGUUAAUAAUAGACAGACUCUGCAGAUAACAGAACUGGAGUCUCAAGUAGCAAAAUGGCUACAAAAUCGUCACUGAAGUUCAAUGUUACUGGAAUUUUUAAUAAAAGAGCCUUCCGGUAGCUGAAGCAGCUUAUUUACCUAGAAAGUGAAGUUGGGACUAUAAGAUGAAGGUAGAAAGUGGUGCAAAAUAUGCUGGUUGCUGAUAGCACACUGUAAAAGUUAAAAUAACUAAUGGAGAAUUUCCAGUGCUUGCAUACAAGAAAAUGCACCUAAAAUUGCUUAAAAAAUCUUCGAGUCUUUCAAUUUGGUUAUUAAGGGAAUUGUUUGCAAGACUUGAUUUUGAGCUUGUGCAAUUAACAUGAGGCAGGCUGCCGAGAUGAAUCGAAGGGGGAGAAGCUUUUCUGUGGAGCUGUAAGACUGAGCUUUCUGGGGUUAUUUAUGCAUGCCUGCCACUUCAGAUAAGAACAGCGCUAACCAGUAGCAAAUUUGUACUCACCUUCUGUUGAAAUUGGAAAAAAUGAAAAUAAAUCUUUAAUCCAUA